AUGGACGACUCUCGAGGCCAGAGGAGGCAGAAUGAUCCGCCCACCUACAGCCGGCAACAUCACCCCGCGCUGCAGGCGCAGGCAGGACAGGAUCGGAGGUCAUUUACGGGUACACAGAGAGAUAGCAGGUUCCAGACGACAUCACUGAGUUCUUCGCCCGCCGGAUCUUCCCGCGGAAUGGGUGGUUCAGCCGGAUACGGCGCUUACUACCAGGACUCAACAACGACCUCGUUCCCCACGACGGCCAUGACACAGGGCGCGCUGGGCUAUCAUCACUCUGCCGCUGACUACGGACAGCCAGACUCACGGCAAACACAGAGCUUUGCCGGCACGUACAAUCCAUCCAUGAUGUACAACGUCCAGCAGGCAACAGGGGGGCAGAGUGCCGGCGUGUACGAUGCGAGUCAACAGUUUUCCUCGCGGCAAGCCGCAGGUCUUCCAAUGAUGACGGAUGUCACGGCCCCCUACUUCUCAAGCGAGCCAACCAAUACCACAUCCGCCCUCCAAGCCCAGGCGCAGACGUCAAGCACGCCACAGGUAUAUCAGCAGCCGGGCUUGCAUGGCUAUUCCACCAGCAGCAUGGCAGCCAUUGGAGGAAUCACUACGCAGACCACUCCUGCUGCGGAAGUCAGGAUGGAGGAAGAAUAUCCCGCCACAGGAGGGCUGGACGAUGCAUAUGCGCAAUACCAAUCAGCGCUCAAGGGAAUUUUCAAGGACAUCCGAAAUGGUGCUCUAGCCACUGCCGGAGAAUCCCUUCUUCAGGUCUCGACUUGGCUUUUGGGACACGUUGUUGAACUAGGCCUCACGUCUGACGAUCAGAAUCUCCAUGGCGAACGUAUCAAGCUGUGGAACGACUUCAACUAUGCCUGGCUCGGCAUGUUCCAGCGCCAGAAAGAAAUGAUAGAAUCCGGACAGCAAUUACAGCGCUCCCAAAGCCUAGUGCCGCAAGAAGAGCUGGAAAAGAUGGCCAAGGAGCUGAUCAAGUAUUGCGACAACAUCGAGCGACAUGGUCUGGUAGACUAUCAGUACGGAGUAUGGGAAGAGCAAAUUAUCGAAAUCCUUGGAGAGUGCGUCGAUCUUUACGAGUCGGCCAACGCCUCUGGCAGCAGCGGAGGCGAGGGAUCCUCCAGCUCACGUCGGCGAUGA